AUGAAACAGAAAUUAUAUGGAAUCUAUCUAUCUAUCUAUCUAUCUAUCUAUCUAUCUAUCUAUCUAUCUGUCUUAUUGUCAGUUCGUAUCUUCCCAUCUAACUCAGUCUGUUCAUUAUCUAUCUAUCUAUCUAUCUAUCUAUCUAUCUAUCUAUCUAUCUAUCUAUCUAUCUAUCUGUCUGUCUGUCUGUCUGACUUAUUGUCAGUUCAUAUCUUCUCAUUUAACUCGGUGUGUUCAUUAUCUAUCUAUCUAUCUAUCUAUCUAUCUAUCUAUCUAUCUAUCUAUCUAUCUAUCUGUCUGUCUGUCUGUCUGACUUAUUGUCAGUUCAUAUCUUCUCACCUAACGCAGUCUGUUCAUUAUCUAUCUAUCUAUCUAUCUAUCUAUCUAUCUAUCUAUCUAUCUAUCUGUCUGUCUUUCAUAUCUUCUCAUUUAACUCGGUGUGUUCAUUAUCUAUCUAUCUAUCUAUCUAUCUAUCUAUCUAUAUCUAUCUAUCUAUCUAUCUAUCUAUCUAUCUUAUUGUCAGUUCAUAUCUUCCCAUCUAACUCAGUCUGUUCACUAUCUAUCUAUCUAUCUAUCUAUCUAUCUAUCUAUCUAUCUAUCUAUCUAUCUAUCUGUCUUAUUGUCAGUCCAUAUCUUCCCAUCUAA